GUGGCGGCUUUAGUCGAAAUUAGGGUUUCGCGUUAAGGAGAAGAAGAGAAAGCUAUACACAUACAAACGCAGUCACCUCCUCUGUCGCCUCCUUCUUCAAUCUCAUCGCAAUCAUGAUCAUAUCAGAGAAGAAUCGCCGUGAGAUCUCCAAGUACCUCUUCAAAGAGGGUGUUUUGUUUGCUAAAAAGGAUUUCAAUUUACCACAACAUCCUUUGAUUGAGAGUGUUCCAAAUCUGCAAGUUAUCAAGUUGAUGCAGAGUUUCAAAUCUAAGGAAUAUGUGAGAGAGACUUUUGCUUGGAUGCAUUACUACUGGUUCCUCACAAAUGAAGGCAUUGACUUUCUCAGGACUUACCUUAAUCUCCCUUCUGAGAUUGUUCCUGCUACUUUGAAGAAGCAACAGAAGCCUCUUGGUCGACCUUUCGGAGGUGGUGACCGUCCCCGUGGUCCACCUCGUGGUGAUGGAGAGAGGAAGUUUGGUGACAGAGAUGCAUACCGUGGAGGUCCGAGAUCAGGUGGAGAGUUUGGUGACAAGAGUGGAGCUCCUGCUGAUUACAACCCUGCCUUCAACAGGGGAGGAGCUGGUGGAGCUAGGCAAGGGUUUGGUCGUGGAGCCGGUGGUUUUGGUGGUGGUGCUGGUCCAGCUGCUGGAUCCGAUCUUCCUUGAAAGGGACUUUCUUGUUUCUUUUUGGUCUUAUUUAAGGUUACAUAGUACCUUUGAUUUGAGAACGAAUGUGUCUUUUGGAACUUUGUUUCUUUCUCUAAACCAUUUCACAAUAUGAUUGUUUUUUACGGUAGAAUUUUAUGAAGAAAUGUUGGAUCGUUACAUGAAUCUUUUUACACUC